AUGGCUGAAAAUUCCAAUUCCAGUGACAGUGAUUCAUCUUGUGAUUGGACUCUCAUCAGUUAUGAGGGAUCUGAUAUUGAGAUGGUGAAUUCUGAACAUGGUGUGGCCAAUGACAGUGGGGUGCUUGUUCUAGAAGGUUCGUCUUUUGAGCACGAGGAAGUUCAAGUGUUGCCAGGUGUAAACAGCCAGAGUGACACAACGGUGAUGGGAGAAAUUGCUCAUCCAGCUGUGGAAGAAACCAAGUCAGCAGUUGAAGCAGAGGAAGAAACACCAUUUGAAGACGACAUUAUCUACUUUGGAACUGUCAGUGAUGAUUCUGACACUGUUACCCUAGAGCCACCUAAGUUAGAAGAAGUUGGAAUUCAGGAAGAAGCUAUAAUUGUUGAGGAAGCAGAGAGCACAGAAACCUUUCACAUGGCUUCUUCCUUUAGCAGCCAGUAUACAUUCUGUCAGCCAGAAAUUGCAUUUUCAUCUCAACAUAAUGAUGAUGAAUCAAGUAGUGAUGAAAUUAGUCAUCAGCCCAGUCCUGCUGAAGAGGGACCGCCUGCUGAACAGGCGCCCGAACCUUGCAAGGAGAACUUGGAUAAGCGCCAUUUCAGUAGUGAUCUUAAGAAAUGUGUCAUGCUUGCUUUGGUGAUUGCCAUCAUCCUGGAAUCUGGGUAUAUCUGUGGUAUAGUUCAGGUUCUGAGACAUCAACAGUUGGUCAAAAACCGUGAAGAUAAAUUAAGUGAUAUGAAGGAUUAUAUUUCCCAAUGUCAGCAAGGACAGGAGUCUUUUAUAGAUAAGCAAAAGACCCUUGCUACAGAAAAUGUCCAAUUUGCAGCAGAUGUGGGCAGGGUGGGACAGGCCAGGCGCCAGGGACCCUCGGUGAGCUGA